CGGAGGCCCAGAACCCAAGUUUUCGCCUUUGUCCUUCCCGGAGGAUCAUGGCGGGGGAUUUGAGGUUGUGGCUGUGCAUUGAGAGUUAUAGAACUAAUCUUGUGCAUUUUUCUGGGGGAAAUCUAACAGGCAAAUGAGAAUAGAGGUAAAAAUUGGUGGAAUCCACUGCAUUCUGAGCUUCUGAUCAGUCAGAAGACCUGCUCGAAACCGAUUCUCCGGGUUUGACAGCACAUGGUCAUGAUUAUUGCAUCGAAUUUUUGUGUUGUUUGGUGAAGGCAUGUAGAGGUGGAGUUCUCUUUGCUUUCUUUAUCAGUUAUAAUAGCUUCUUGAAGUUUUGCAAAAAUGCAAAGGAGAGGCAAAAGAAGGGGUGUAAAUAGGAGAGAUCCAGCGUGGAAGUAUGGGACAGAAAUGGAAGAACCAAUAAAAAAUGAUAAAACAUAUGUGUAUCUAAAAUGCAACUUUUGUGAGAAACAAAUUUCAGGUGGCGUGAAAAGAAUGAAAGAACAUCUUGCAGGAACUCGUCGCAAUGUGGCCCCAUGCAAGUAUGCCCCCAUGGAAGUGAUACAAGAAAUGAAAGAAUACUUGGACAAAUUUAAGGAGAAGAAAAAAAGAGAUGUCCAAGAAAUAGAAGUUUAUGGAAUAGGGGAUUGUCAUAGAGAAUCCAUUGGUGAUGCAUGUCAAGUUGUACGAACACCAGUAGAAGGGUCUAGUGAUGCAAGCUCUACUUCAAAGGGGGUGAGGGGCCCUAUGGACCAAUUUGUAGUUUCUGGUCAUAAUGUCAGUAAACAGUGUGAAAAACAUACCACAUUGAAUGCUGUUCGGAAGGAAGAAAGAGAUAGGGUUUGUCAAAGCAUUGGGAGGUUUUUUUUCGAAAAUGGUGUGCCAUUGACUGUUUGCAACAGUCCUAGUUUUCAGGCUUUUUUAGAUAUCCUUGGCAGAUGCGGAAAAGGAAUGAAGCUUCCUGAUAUGCAUGAACUAUCUACUUGGAUUUUGAAAGAAGAGGUUGAAACAGUAAAUAAUAUGUUGGUUGAGUCUAAGAAGACAUGGGAUCAAUAUGGGUGCUCAAUUAUUCUGGAUGGGUGGAAAGACACUCUAGGGCAGAGUUUAAUUAAUAUCUUGGUUAAUUGUCCUAAAGGGACUUGGUUUUUGAAGAGUGUAGAUGCAUCUGAAUCUGUGGAAGAUGCAAACUUAUUGUGUAAACUUCUUGAUGAACUUGUUGAUGAAGUUGGAGAAGAAAAUGUUGUACAGAUAAUCACAGAUAGUACAACUAAUUUUGCAAAGGCUGGUAAAAUGCUGAUGGAAAAGAGGAAGAACUUGUAUUGGACCCCAUGUGUAACUCAUUGCAUUGAGUUGAUGCUAGAGGAUAUUUUUGAACUUCCUGUGCAUGACAUGGCUUUCAAAAAGUCGAAAAGAGUGUUGAAUUUUAUCUACAACCAUGGAUGGGUAUUGGCAUUGAUGAGAAGUAUUCUAAAGAAAGAUCUUAUAUGCCCAGCAAUGACCCAAUUUGCUACUGCAUUUCUCACUUUAAGAAGGUUAUUGUCUUCAAUGCAAGCUUUAAAGACUAUGUUCACAUCAGAGAAGUGGGCACAAAGUUCUUAUGCAAAAAAACCUAAAGGCAAGGCAGUGAAAGCAAUUAUUCUAAGGGACAAACAGUUUUGGGCAUCUGUAGCUUAUGCUGUGAAAACCAUUAAGCCAUUGAUUGUGGUAUUGAGGAUGGCAAAUUCUAAUGCACAGUCAGCAAUGGGGUUUUUAUAUAAUGCAAUGGACAAAGCCAAGGUAGAAAUUGCAAAAAGUUUAAAUGAUGAUGAGUUACAAUAUAGACCAAUUUGGAAUAUUAUAGAUAGGAGGUGGGAACCACAAUUACAUCAUGAUUUGCAUGCUGCUGCCUACUACCUAAAUCCACAAAUCUAUUACAGCCCAGAUCAUUUAACCCACCCGGAUAUUAAACAUGGUUUUUAUAAUUGCUUGCAAAGAUUAGUUAGAGAUGUAAAGGAGCAGGAAGCUAUAGAUUUACAGCUUGAUGCAUUUCGACAUAGUCAAGGGUUAUUUGGAAUAACAUUAGCCAAAUCUACAGUGUCCAGAAGGGUUCCUGCUGAAUGGUGGUUGGCAUAUGGUGAUGAAACCCCAGAGUUGACAAGGUUUUCCAUGAGAUUGUUAAGCCUUGCAUGUAGUGCCUCCUGUUGUUUGCGAAAAUGGAACUCAUUGAACCAGGUUCAUGCCAAGAAGAGAAACUGUUUACAGCAAAAACGUUUGAAUUCGGUGGUGUAUAUUAUGUACAAUUUGAAAUUGGCACAAAGACAAGAUAAGAGGAAAGCCAUGGAAGAUCCUAUUUGUUUGGAUUUUGUUGAUUUAGAAUCGGAUGAUGAGUGGAUCACAGAAGAGUCUACAAGUAAUCUGGUCAUUGAUGAGCCCGCUGAAUAUCAAUCUUUGCUUGAUAAUUUUGUUCUUGAUGAACAAACAAUGUUGGAUGCUAUUGGCAGCAGUGGAGAAGGCAGAGCAUCUUCUUCAAAACACAAGAGGAGUGAAGAUAAGUCAAAAGGCAAAGGAAAGGCAAUAAUGGAAUUAGUGAAUCAAGAACAAGAAAAGCUGAUAGAAAGCAAUGGGGAGUCGGGUGAUGGAAAUGAUGAAGAUUUGAUUAAUUACAUUGCUGAUUCAGCCAACGAUUAUGACCUUUAUGAUGAAUCUGAUGAAGAAGCUGAUUAACUCCAAGGACCGUAGAUCUGAGAAGAUAAACUGUCAAGGAUAAGCUGCAUAAAAUUCUAAAACCAUUGUGAUGACUCUACAACCGCAUCUUUCAUCUCUCUUCGUUCUAGCAGUGUAAUGCUCCAAUCUGGAGCUGUUCGAAGGUUAAUGUUGGAUUCUCACUAAGAUUUUAGAAAUUGAGAUCUCAUUUGUGAUUUUGCAAAGAUGAAAAAGCCUCAAAUGGAAUGAACUGGGAAGGCAAAUGAAAGGACUAUUUUUUUUUUUUCUGUUUUAUUCGUUAUCAGUUAAAUUGAUGAUUGAGUGGACUUGAAGCCUUUGAAUCCAAAUGCACAGGA